CAGAGGUCUGUUGACAUGUCUGUUUUUGUUAAGGAGAGAAAAGCACAACGGCACAAAAGCGCUGAGGUCCUGCUGGACCUGUGAUGAACGACUGAACGUGAGAGAGAAAGAAUGUGAAGAGCCAUGGCUGACUUCGAAACCUACCAGGAGUACCAGAGACUAGAGGAUUACGAGGAGGACUCGCCUCCGGGAGAGGAGGAUCUGUUGAUUCAUGUGCCAGAAGGACUCAAAGAUUCCUGGCACCAUAUCAAGAACCUUGACAACUUCUUCACAAGAAUAUAUCAUUUCCAUCAGAAGAAUGGAUUCUCCUGUAUGAUGAUGUCCGAGUUCUUUGAGCUCGUGCAGUUCCUGUUUGUGGUCACGUUCACCACCUUUCUCUUCAACUGCGUGGAGUACGACGUGCUGUUCGCCAACCGGGCGGUGAACCACACCGGGCCGGGCAUCAACCCGCUCGACAGGACCAAGGUCACGCUGCCGGACGCCAUCCUGCCACCUGAGCAGUGCGCCGAGAGGAUCCAAGACAACAGCUGGAUCAUCUUCCUCCUAAUCAUGGCUGCCAUCUUUUGGAUCUACCGGCUCGGCAAGGUGAUCUGCAACGUGCUGAGUUACUGGGAGAUCCGGCAGUUUUAUAUAAAAGCUCUGAAGAUCAGCAUGGACGAGCUGUGCAACUUCAGCUGGCAGGAAGUGCAGGGGCGCCUGAUCAAGCUCCAGCGCGAGCAGCAGAUGUGCAUCCACAAGAAGGAGCUGACUGAGCUGGACAUCUAUCACCGCAUCCUGCGCUUCAAGAACUACACGGUAGCUAUGAUCAACAAGUCGCUGCUGCCCGUACACCUGCGCGUGCCCUUCCUCGGCGACGUGGUCUUCCUGACGCAGGGCCUCAAGUACAACUUCGAGCUGAUCCUGUUUUGGGGGCCCGGUUCGCCCUUUCAGAACAAAUGGAGCCUGCAUCCAAAGUACAAGCGGGCGAGCGAACGCCUGGAGCUAGCGCGGCAGCUGUCUCGCACCAUCCUGCUGGCGGGCGUGGCCAACCUGCUCCUGUGUCCGUUAGUGCUGGUGUGGCAGGCGCUGUACGCCUUCUUCAGCUACGCUGAGGCCAUCAAGCGCGAACCGGGCAGCCUCGGCACGCGCCGCUGGUCGCUCUAUGGGCGCCUCUACUUACGGCACUUUAACGAGCUGGACCAUGAGCUGCGCGAACGCCUCGGCCGCGCGUACCGUCCCGCUGCCAAAUACAUGAACGCCUUCAACUCGCCCCUGCUCGCCGUCCUGGCUCGGAGUGCGGCCUUCUUCGCCGGCUCGCUGCUAGCCGUGCUUGUUGCACUCACCGUCUACGACGAAGAUGUCCUUGCCGUCCAGCACGUCCUCACUGCAGGCACCGCUCUCGGCGUCAUCAUCACCGUUGCCAGGUCCUUUAUACCAGAUGAGCAUAUGGUUUGGUGCCCAGAGCAGCUGCUACAGUGUGUGUUGGCGCACAUCCACUACAUGCCCGAUCACUGGAAAGGCAACGCUAACAAGAGCGAGACGCGUGACGAGAUGGCGCAGCUUUACCAGUACAAAGCGGUGUUCAUACUGGAGGAGCUGCUCAGUCCAAUCAUCACACCCUUCAUCCUCAUUUUCGUCCUCCGGAGCAAGUCUCUGGAGAUCAUCGACUUCCUGCGCAAUUUUACCGUCGAGGUUGUGGGUGUCGGCGACAUAUGUUCCUUUGCGCAGAUGGACAUCCGCCGGCAUGGCAACCCACAGUGGAUGUCCGAGGGCCAGACCGAGGCGUCCGUGUACCAGCAGGCGGAGAACGGCAAGACGGAGCUGUCGCUGGUUCACUUCACCCUGAAGAACCCUCGCUGGCAACCUCCUCAAGACAGCUCGCUGUUCAUCAGCCACAUGCGCGAGAAGGUGCAGCAGGACGCCCAGGCCGGCCCGAACCCUCAGCUCCUGCUCUCCGAGGCUCCGCUCUGCACCUCGCUGCUUUCCAAUGACUCCGCCACUGCUCCUGAUACCCUUCUGGCGAGUGUCCUGGCUCAUCCGGUCCUCACGGCGUCCGGGAUGCCGGGGUGGAACCGUCGCUUCGUCUCCCCGAGCAGUACCGCCUCGGCCGCCGCGAGCGUCCUAGCAUCGCUGUCUUCCUCUCAGCAGCCUCACACCGGACGUGCGCGCUCCCACCUCCCCCAUCCUCCGGUCCAUCCUCAACACCACGAAGGCCCCAUGUACCACAGCGCUGCCGCUGAGAGCAUGAGCGCCAGUGAGACGAAGACGUACCUCCAGUCCAGCUCGGCCCUCCUGUCGGAGUUCGCCACAGCCGAGAUGAGUCUGCACGCCAUCUACAUGCACGAGGUGCAUCAGCAGAAGUUCCAGUGUCAGCGCGGACCUGCACACGUACAUCCUCACGUCGGCCUAAGGGACUUCGGUGCCGGUUCUGUACCCACGCCUCAGAUGCACCCGCCCGGCCUGACGGUGCCCUCGCCUCUCCGGCUGGGAGGCUGGGUGGAGGAAGAGGAGGAGGAAGACGAGAUCAACAGCAGCUCUGCUCCACAUCACACGAGUCAGACGAGCGGAGCGAGCAGCUAAAGUGCCUUAAAGUCAGGAGGAUCGUCGUGGCCUUAGUUCCAUCCGAAGCUUCUCGAUCAACCGAGUCGGAUCACGGAGUCUUCGCAGCACUGGUCUUCCAGCCUCGAGGAGCCGCGGUAUUCUGGAUCGAGCGCACACCCACCACCUUCUCCUCGUCUGUAGAUGCUUCAUUUAAGAGGACACUUUUUUUUUGCUAUUAUUUUGUGUGUGUGUGAGUGAGUGAGUGAGUGACUGAAUGUUCAUUCUCAGCUCAAGCCUGUAGCCGGUGUGUUCAGCUCAGUAGGUUGUUUUCAGAAACAUCAGAUUGGUAACACAUAGUGCGAGUGUUGGAAAAGGUUUUGCUAGGGCUUUUUGAUUUUUUAAAUUAUUUUCUUACCUAAUGAUCACAAGGUUAUUGCUGUGUAUUAUUUUUACAUAUCAUGAGCAAACACGGAGAGCUACAAAGGGUUUGUGAAUUUUACAGAUUUUCACCAGGUUUGUAAAAAGCAAGAAUAAGAACAACAGGACAGAAAAAAAAACAGUCUGUUUGGGUUUAUCAUGCGUUUGGUAUCGUAACAAUCGUUUUUUUUUUUGUGUGUGUUUUUUCUCUCUUCCUUGGACGCUUGAAACUUUCUGAGGCAUCGGGACAUCAUGAAUACUUUUUACAUAGGUGCCGAGAUGUACACCGUCACACGUCCGCUGCUUUAUCAGAUUUACAGUUUCAGUUCGUUCCCGUGAUGACUUUCUAAGUGCGUGAUGGUGAAUGACUCAAUACUUUUCCGUCCAAUCAGAGUAGAGAAUUCAACAUCGCCGUCGGAUAACUAUUUUUCGAUUUAGCUGAAGCACAAGCCCGUGCAAAGGUUUAUAUUUAACACUAAUUCACUAAGAUAUUAAGUAUUUUUAUUUAACAUUAAUGGUGCUUAUAUAUGACAGAGGAGGAGGAAAAGACAUGUUUUUUUUUUUUAAGAUUAAGACUUAAUUAGCUGAGCGAUAAAUUCGCUAGAUUUUAAUCAAGCCUUAGAACUUUUCUUAUCCUGACAAGCAAGAUUCAUUUUCUUAAUGUUUCACUCUGCGCUCUGAUUAUUAAUGAAUGCCGGAGAAGCCGAUAGGACGAACAGAUGGCUACAUAAACUUAAUUCUCUCACAGCUGAUAGGUUUUUACAAACCCACAUUUAUUGUGUCUGAAAAAUAGUAUUGCUUUAAAGUAUGAGGAAAAACAGCACAUCGCCUCUGACUUGUGUUUUUUUUUCUUUUUUGUUGCUGUUUUAAACAUCAGAUGCAUUCAUAUUUAACACAGCCUGAAAUACCUCUGCACAUUCAACUAGGUAAUGUACAGUAUUUAUUUUGGUGCAUGAAAAGGUGUUAGCAGGAAAUCGUGAGUCACCUGAUCCGACACGUUUACACUCGACUCAUGAAAACUCAAAUUAAAUGCAUUUGUGAGAAAGACGUGAUCGCUGACUGCUAGUGUUUAUUGUCAUGACCACUAUGUAAGCAGUCGGAAUUACGACUGUGCAAGGUGCUAUAUGUUUUGGUUGCUUUUAAUAUUUAUCUUAGGUUUUUUUUUUUUGUCUGAUCAAAGAAACACUAUUUAAAAAAUAAAGCAAAUGAAAAACAG